AUGUCCGAGUUUCGACACGUGAGAUCUGGGAGUCUCAACAUUCCCCCUUCAACGGGCGCAAUGGGUCCUGCACCAGCAGCAUCGCAGAGGUUCGAUGGUCCCCGAAGUCCUCCGAACACUUCCCAUGUGCCUUGCAAAUUCUUCCGGCAAGGUGCAUGUCAAGCAGGCAAUGCCUGCCCCUUUAGCCACGAUCUCGGCAGCGCUUCUGAGACUGUCUGCAAGUAUUUCGCAAAGGGCAAUUGCAAGUUCGGCCCCAAAUGUGCCAACAUCCACAUGCUCGCCGACGGCCGUCGAAUUAAUUAUGGAAAGAAUGGCAUCACGAUCGGUCAGCCUGGGUACUCGGGUGCUCGCGGGACCCCAGCUGCGCCGUACAACGGUUCCAAUAGCGCGUUAACGAACUCGUUCAUGAAGGCCGAUGCGAAUGACCCAUACGGCAACUAUAGCUAUCCCUUGUCACCUAGCAGCAAGUACCACCAGCUGGAUCGUCAGCCUAGUAUGGAAAAUGGACUGCCUACCAUCGACACAACAUAUUCACAUACAGGCUCACAAUAUGGCUCGCCCCGGGAUGAGGACCCUACUAGACUGGGACUGGGCCUAUCACCCAUCGCCGCCAAGGGCUUAUCCGUACUCGACGCUCCGCUGCCAGCAUCCUUCGAUUCCAAUGGUAUCUCCAACGCUGCGCGCUAUCCUGGAGGGCCAUGGCCUUCAUCCGUGCCCUCCGCAUUCGGACUCGACUCCCCAUCGCCUUCUCUGCUCGGUGCCAAGGAAACCCGGACUUCAGAGGCCCUGAAGAAUCUACACAGGUCUGCUUUCGGAAGCAACGACCACCUAUCCGCCACUGUAACUGCGUCCUCGCCUCCGACCCAGCCGGCCGACGAAUACUACGGCAAGCGUCAGAUGCACUCGAGCCGCUAUGCCAAGCCCAAGCUCUUGAGCAGCAGUGCUCCUCGCGCCAUUGCCGGUGGAAUCGACCGUGAUUGGGAUGCGGAAUUCCCCUUUCUCGAGGAGGAUUACGUGCCGGAUAACCUGAAGGACUUGCUGACCCCCGCGGAGAAGGCGCGACGUGGUUCAAGGGCAGCUGAUGAAGAGAUAAAUGGACCCCGCUCGGCGAAUGGCUUCGCCGGAUUGAGCGGUACUGUAACCCCUAAUGCAGAGGUCACCUCGAAGUUUGGCAGUCCAAUGGCGGCGAGCCCCGGUCGUUGGGGCCCUCUUUUCCAGCGUCAACGGGAUGACGAUGAUGCAAAGAGGCACGCCUUGGCAGCUAGUGGCGCUUUCGGGCACGUCGGCAGUCCCUUGCGCAAUUCCAUGCUAAACGAGGACCUCAUGCGCCCACACGGCAGUCGAUCAGGCAGCGUCGAGGGUCUCAGUGCCUUGACACAGCAACUGCAGCGCACUCGCGUCGAUGGCGCCGGUGACGCAUCGCCACAUCUACGCCCCACGAUCGGAGGAAGGCCCACGAACGGACGCACGACUGAGCGCCACGUCAGCAGUGGCUCCAUCAGCUCCAGCGCACGAUACACCACCCCGAUAGGUGAAGAGGAUGGAGAGUUCGUGUUUAGCAUGGAUGAGGAUGGAGACAGCACUGUCAGAGCCAGGAAGCGAACCUCAGGCUUGGGCUCUGCCAUGAGCAUUUGGGGCAACGGCAAUGGCAGCGGCAACGGUUAUGCUGGUGUGACGUCGAACGUAACCAAGAAGGACGAUGCAUCUCGCAUUGUGGAUGGCGUUGGCGGUCGCUGA